GCAGGAAUGAACAAAGCAAUGAUGAACAACAAGAUGAAAAAAUUGACCUAGAAUCCUUCAGAAGUAGAAAAAUAGCCAUGGAUAUUGGAGAAGACCACACUGAGGAGAAUACAAACUCUGGAACGCUUGGUUGGAUCAGGGGUGAACUGACCAAUGCUUUUGGAAUUGAACAAAAGGAUUCAAAGGCUGAUACUCUGGACAGCAUUGAGAAACCAGCCAAAGAUUCUCAGCAGUCUAGCUCCUGGCUGAAUAUGGGUAUCGAUGUCUUGGGCUUUAGUAAGAACAAUGAUCCAAUAGCAAGUAAAACUGAAGCGGAUGGUGUAGAUGAAGACACUUAUAUGGAAGACCAGAGCAUUCUUAACCACGAUCAGUCUUUGGAUUUGGUUGAAGAUGUGCAAAGACAUGAAAACAACCUAGAUCACAGUGUGCAUAAUGAGGACCAUGCCUUGGAGGACAUAAGAUCAGAAGAUGGACAAACAGAGGAGAGAGGACAGACAGGGUGGUAUGGAAGUAUCUACAAUGGAAUUUCAGACCUUUAUAGCAAAGAGCAAUCUACAAAUGACGAGGACGAUGAAGGCAAAGACAAUGUGUCCAAAGAAGAAGAUAGCCCUGGAUCUUCUCCAAACACAGACGACAGUGGAAAAAAAGAGUCAGAAUCAAACUUGCAAUCAAUAUUUUCAGUCAGUGGCCUCACAUCAGUGUUUGAUAAAUUUAAUUUUCCAUUUCAGUCAGACAAAGUAAAGGAAGAUAUGGAAAGUGAUGAGAAAAAAACAGCAAAGGAAGGAGAUCCAGGGAUCUACCAAGAAGAAUGUGUCCACGAAGCAUGUCUCAAUUUAAAUACAAAUACACUAAUCUCAUCACAAGAGGCUGAAAGUAAUCAAAUUACAGAGGACAAAUCUGAUAUGAAUGACUUGAAAAAUACAAAAAAUGAGUUGGACUCUGAAGAGCAGGACCAGUUGGAGAAUAGAAUUAAGCAGGUUCAAGAGGUGGAGGAUGUUCAGACCACUGAUCAGGAAACAAUAAAAUUUGAUGUCUGGGGAGCUUCAGAAAUCAAGAAAACUACUUUCCAAUUAAACAAUGGUCUAGUUCCUGAGGAGAAUGAUGAAUCUGAAGAAUCACAGACUGAUGAAGGGGAAUUUUAUCAGCUAGCAGCUUUUGUUGGUGAAGUCACAAUUAAUGAACUUACAUCUAUAAUGGACAAGGUUGUGUCAGCACUUCCUGAUGACAUCCGGCCUGGCCCAGACUUAUAUGGACUGCCAUGGGAAGCUGUGGUUUUCACUGUAUUUUUAGGUUUAUUCACUCUGCUUCUGUUCAGCUGCAGGUUCAUUCAGUCUAUCAAAAGCAGACUAUAUGCAAGUAAAGAGAAGCAAAUGGCACAGAAAGUGGCAGAACUGCUUGAUGAAAAGUGCAAAGUGCUGGAGACAAUCAGUGAGGUCAAGCAGAAGUAUGAGAAACUGGAAUUCACACUGCAGAACAAUGGCAUGUCUGCUCGAGCAGUGGAAAAAGACAGUUUAGAGGAGUCAUCACAGAAACUUGAACAAUCAAAUGCCCAAAUGAAAAAGGAAAUUGAAAGGCUACAAGAAGAGCUGUCACACCAAAACAAAGCAAGAAAGCAGCAAGAGGAUCAGCUUGCUGAGUUGGAGCAGACCUUAAGGAAUUUGGAAGAAGAAGCUAAAGAACGAAAAUCACAAUUAGAACAGGACAACACAACACUGAAGAUCCAUGAGAUCAACACAGUGAGACUGCAGAAGAACCUGCAGGUGGCCAAAGAAGAGCAUGCAAUGCUGCUGGAGAGUAAAGAACAGCUGGUGCAGGAGGCAGAGGGCUGGGGGGAGCGUCUCAGUGAGUUAGAGGAGGAGAUGAAGAUGUGUGAAAGAUCUCAUGCUGGCAUGCUGGAGGACUGUGCUAAUAAAGAUGAACGCAUCAAUUCUCUGACAGAGUGCCUUUUGAAGAUGAGAGAUUUGGAUUCUGAGGACGAGAAGAGCGUUAACUGUAGUAAUAACACAUCUGGAACAGAGAAUGGAGACAGCUCAGAUUUCCAUCAGAAGCAGAAAAUACAGAAACUUAUUGAAGCGGCCAAGAUGAGUGCAGACUUGAAGUAUAUGGAGGACGACAAGAACAGAGUAUUCGCCAAACUCACUGAUGAAAUAAAAGCCAAAGAAGAUCUUCAAGAGGGGAUCCAACAGCUUGAGGAGCAGAAGGAGAUGUUGGAGUCAGAGAGUGCCAGAUUCUCCAGUGAAAGCCAGAAACUCCAGCAGAAACUGCAGAUCAUGACUGAGAUGUACCAGGAGAAUGAACUUAAACUGCACAGAAUGUUAACGGUGGAGGAGAAGGAACGCUUGCAGAAAGAGGAGAAACUGGACAAGGCAGGAAAGAAGAUCAGUCUCGCUGCUGAGGUGCUCAACACUUACAGACAAAGAGGCAAAGACCUGGAGGAGGAACUGGAGAGGACUUCACAUGCUUACAAGAAUCAGAUUACUUCACAUGAGAAAAAGGCCCAUGAUAACUGGCUGGCUGCAAGAGCAGCGGAUAGAGAUCUAGCCGAUGUGAAGAGAGAAAACGCCAAUAUCCGUCAGAGGCUGACUGAUGCACAGUUUAGGUUGGAGAUACUUGAAAAGGAUCCGUAUGCACGAGAGGGCAGGGCUCUUUUUAGAGGUGAGAGGUCUCCAUAUGGACCAUCUCCUCUGGGCCGACCUUCCUCAGAAACACGGGCCUUCCUGUCCCCACCAACACUAAUGGAUGGCCCCCUUCGACUUUCACCACAGUUUGUCAUGGGCCCUGGCGGCAGAGCAUCCCGAGGUGUGGUAGAGCCCCCUAGUGGUAGGCCAGACUUUGAGCGGAGUGGUCCACACUCUGAUAGUGGCUCACUGUCUCCCUCCUGGGACAGGGAUCACAGGGGCCCUCCUGGCCCUACAGGUCACCCGCUCACAGAUCCAGGUUUGCCAUACAGGAGACCCCCUCCAGGGCCGUACACUAUGGGCCCUUUGCCUCUUAGACCGCCACUUCGUCCCGAGCCAUACUUUGGUGACAGAUCAGAUUCAUCAUUUUUGAGAAACAGCUCAGCUGUCAGUGAGAAUGAUAACAGAGAAGGUACUCACUCUAUGCCUGGUGGCAUGAGAAUGCCCCCUGAUCAAGAUUCAAGAAUGGGGCCUCCUCAGGACCCCCUUCUAAUGGGAAUGCCCCCACUGAUGGACCCUAGGGACCCUCAUUUCCCACAUAGGGGCCCUUAUGGACCUCCGGAGUUCUUUCCACCCCGUGGGCCCGGUGGGCCCUCCAUAGGCAUGCGAGGGCCACUUCCCCCAGGAAUGUUUCCCAGAGUUCCUCUGCCACUCCCUCAACAAAUGGGCUAUCUUCCACCGAGACCUCCAUCUAACAGUUUCCCUCCUGCACCACCUCCCAGGCCCUCCCCACCAGGAAGUGAGCAGCCCCCAGACCAGUCGCCCUGUCCACAUGAUGUCAUCUGAUUUUCCUCUCCAGCAUACUGUUUGCGACUUACUGUUGUUUUGCUCAGGGGAUGUUUCCUUUGAUAAAAAAACCGCAGUAGCCAUGUGGCUAUCUCUUAUGUUUCAAAUGUAUUUUAAUGGACACAGCAUAUGCCACUGGUUAUAUUAUGAAAAGGAAAUUUGUGAAACUGAUCAGUGUAUUUCAGGUACAGUGUAAGAGUGUGCAACCUAGAGUGUAUUAUGUGAAUCUGUUGGUAAAUUGUACAAAGUAAACAGGAUUGCCUUAGAACAGGAUUAUAGGUGCUCAGGUUUGUAAUGUUAUGCUUUUUUUUUUUUUUAAAUUGAAGGUAGUUCAAAGGUCCACAUAUUUGUUGAACUGUGUAUAUAUAUAUAUGUAUGCGUGUAUAUAUACAUAUAUACACACACACAUAUAUAUAUGUAAAAAGUAUAUAUUGUGAAUAGGAAGUUGUUUUAAACAUGAGACUUUGGUAACUAAUAACUUGUCAAAUUCAAACAAAUAAGUUCAGAGAACCGUCCAUGUAGUUGUUGGUAUUUAUAGUUUUCUCAAAUAACAACUUAUGCCUUAAGUGGUCUAAAGAAGCAAAAGUUGUGUACAAUAAAGAUGUCAUUGACAAAAUACUGUAUUGGUUGAAUGUCAGGCAUAUUUCUAUGAUAGUGACAUGCUCCUUUUAUAUGCAUUGGAAAAUGUGACUCUCGUCAGGAUUUGGAUUUCCGCUCCAUUAAAUUAUAGAGAAUGUAUGUAUUAUUAACCAUUUUCAUCUACUGCCACACAAAUCAUGGCUAGUAUUACAGUUUUCCCCAAUUGCUUACACACUUUUGCUUAAGCUUUGGCCCAUUUUCCCAAAUCUCUAAACACAAAACCCUAGGAAUCUCUAGCAAAAGCAAACACUGCAUUAAAAACUGUUUUAACUCUUUCCAAAAUGUUUUUUUUUUUUUUUUUUUUUUUUUUUUGCAUCAAAAUGACAUCCAUCCACCAACUAACAAUACACUGAUGUGCUCAACACAAAACCCUACUAUGAAUAUCCCAUCAGUAGGUUUAUGCCUUUUGCAUUGUCCUUUUUACACUGUAGCUGGUUGUAAAAGAUAGUUACAGAAAUGUAUACCUACUCAAAUAUACAAACACACACAAAUGCCAUACAGUAACAAAAACAGUAAUUUAUUUCCAAAAUGCAGUAUUUUUGAACACUUGUGUUUUGUAUGUAACACUUUCCAUACCCAACAGAAGAAAACUAGGAAAAACAUUCAGUAAGAUAAAGGGUUUUCUGUGCAAAAAUAAAAAUGAAAGUGGCUCAUUCUUCCAAAAUUGGGCUGGCCACAGCACCUCAUCUACAUCACAAGUGAUGUUCUCCCUGGCUAAACAGCAGGGAAUUAAUCUUCUGGAGUGACGGAUCCAGCUGCCAAUAGCUCUCACGUCAACUUCGCCACAUGCAUCCUCCAUUGCCUGGAGAAGAGGCAUGCAUGUGAGGGGAUGGCAGUCAUGCACCUUCCAUCGCCAUGCCGAAAAAAAUUCUUCAAUUGAGUUUAGGAAUGGAGAAUAUGGUGGGUGGUCGAUGAACCAGUUGUGGACCAGAGCAGCCAGGUGGAAACUCACGCUGUCCUAGAUGACAACAUACCUGGGCUGCUCUGGUCCACCCCUCUGUUUGGCUGGAAUGAGGAUGCCAUGUAGUGUUUCCAGGAAUGUGAUGAGAAGAGCAGUGUUGUAGGGACCAAGGUGGCAUGGUGAUGGAGAACGCCUUGCUGGAUAACGGCUGCGCACAUGGUGAUAUUUUCUCCACGCUGUCCAGGGACAUUCAUAAUGGCACGGUGGCCAAUAAUGUUCCAACCCCAUCCCCUUCUAUUGGCUAGGUUGAAGCCAGCCUCAUCAAUGUAAAUAUAAACGUGCUGAAUUGCUCAGCAUCCAGCUCCAAGACUCUCUGAAACUGACAAGACAAUAUGUGAAAUACACCUAGAGCAGCCAGUAUGGUGAGGCACAAUACACUGGUUUACAGUACUGUAAUGCAUCUAUACAGUGCUGAUAUGAUAGUAAAUUCACAGUGUAGUAAUUACUUGCACAUAUUCAUAGCGCUGUUCUUUAACCCUCUCUGAGUUUUGCACAGAUGGCACCCUGUAGACCUGUUUCAUCCAGAUUCGGUUGUGCUGUAAUACACGGUCCAAUGUAGACAAGCCCACCUGGUGAAUGUUAUUGAAUAUUGUGUUGUGAGUAUUGUGUCUGCAAUUAUGUGGUUCUGGAGUUCUUGUAGUCUAAUGGUAUUGUUUGCCACCACCAUGUUCACAAUAGCGGUCUCCUGUUCUGGUGUGAACAGCCGGCGUCUUCCAUGUCCUAGCCAUCUCUCAGUUCUACAGAAGAUCCAUAAAUAUGAUAUAAUUGGUUACAGUAAGCUAAAAUCUAUUUUCUUUCAAUAUGAAAUGACAUUACUGUAACAUUGGCCAACAAUCACUGAGUAACGUAGGCCUACUGAUAUGUCGGAUUGUAGUAUACUACAGUAUACAAACAUAAAGAGCAUAGUGUAGAUGAUAGGUAACUUACCGGUUCUCAUUUCUGAAUGUACAGAUGAUAGAUGCAACCUAUCUUGUGUAGUGGCUAAGGUUGGGCUGAACUCUCUGCCCAGCCUCCCUCAUACGCAAUUCAUGGUUGAGCACAUGGUCAACCAAUGUGGCCCUGAUCUCAUCUGAGACAAUUGUCCUUCCUCGUCAUCCUCUUACUCUCUCUCCUGCUCCUCUAGCUCCUUUACCAUUGACUUCCAAUUCCUCCAAAACAGGAGAGCUCAUCUGUGGCCUUUUAUAGUGCUAAAGCUCGGAUUUUUAAGUGAACAAUUCAGCAACUAGUGUUUACACCUGUGAGGAGUGGGUGUUGCCAACUGGUGUAUAGAGCUUGGCAUUGUGAUUUGCAUGAGGGACUAAAGAGAUUUUAAUUUUGAAUGCGGUGCCUAAUGUAGCAGGAAUUGUGCUUGCAAUAUUGCAGACUUGGUUUAGGGAUUUGGUACACGAGUUUCAGGUUUCGGUGAUUGCGUUUUAAGUUCCAAUUUUAGUGUAAACAAUUGGGAAAAACUGUAACAGUGAUUCUAUCGGAAUGCACUUCACUUCUACCAGUCAAUUUUGAUUGUGAAAAAUUUAAUUUAUUGAACCACGAAAAAAUUCAACCAAAAUUAUUUAUAAAUUCAAGUUACAAAAUAAAGUGGUUAAAAAAAAAAAAUCAUACCAAAUCCAAAUUUUUACUCCGUCUAACUUCUUCCACCAGCCCCUUUGCAAACUUAACCACUCUACGACAACAGGUGGAAAAAAUACCAAUACAAAUUGGAUCAUAAAUACAAUUGUAAAUAUAAAAAUAAUAAUGGAAAACAAAUCAUGACCUAAAGAUAGUUAAAACACAAAUCUCAUAAAUAUUUGUUUUUCAUAAAACAUCUACAUAAUUUGAGGUUCCACUAUAUUUUUGGAAUUUGGACAUGAACUUUAUUACCAUCUGCUGGUGGAUUCUUCAAACUGAAAUGCAGGAACAGAGUUUAGACUUUGCACUGUAAACAGACGUGCUUCUGAAAUAUCUUAGUGCAUUGACCCAUUUCUCAAGAAAACAGCAAAUUGCACUUUGCUGCACUUCAUUUACACACAAUAACCCCCCAGGUGAUGCAUGCACACACAGAUAGCGCAAAUACUCCCACCCACGGCCACUUGCAUGAAAAUUGCGCUUAGAAUCAGCGAUAUCACAAAAAUUGGAUAAGACGCUGCGCACAGUCAUAGCGCGUAGCACUUUGCUUUGCACACUUCCGAAAAUAGAGCCCUUUGAAUUAAUCUAGAAUAUAAUUCACCCCCCCCUUUGGAAUAACAAGCAAUGAAGAAUAAUGCACAAGACCAGGAACAUAUAAGAAGUAUUUUGCAUGAUAAAGUUAAAGUUGAGCCUAUUUACUUUGACUUUGUUUAAAAAAGCAUAUCAAAUAAUAUACAUUCUUCCACUAUGAAUAAAAACUGUAAAACUAAUGCAAUUGUAUGAAAACACAAGAGGCAAUAUUUUUUUUUUUUAUGCUUUUAUUUACCGAUUAAAAGAAAAUGUAUUCGUUCAACAUUACUUCAAAUCAACAUUCGACUGGUUUACCCAAUAUCUGUCAGUUACGUUUUUUUCAAAAGGUUUUCCUUCUAAAUCAUGGAACCUCUAGAUCACUUUUCUCAUUAAAAUCUUCCCACCUGGCAUGUUCACACCUGUGCCAGAGUACUUCUUGUUUGCAGAUGUACAUAUAAAAUCCAAUGCUAUGUGCUCACCGGAGACAAAAAAAGUAGACAGUACACACCUGUCCAAAUAUUAAACAUUUAAGAUGGCAAAACCAUUUCUGCAAAACAACAACGCUUAUAAACUUUUAUCAUGUUCAUAAAUAGAAUCUGGACAUGUUGCAUAAAAGUAUAUACGUUGAUGUAUAUACGCAUAUGCGAGUUAUGUUAUCUACUCCCCGUUAAGUUUAUAAGGUAGCAGCAUGGUCUUUGCACUGCUCGUGCCCCAUGAUGGCCACUUCUUCAUAGCAAACUGUCCUGAUUUUAAACAAAUGCACAACAUUCGUACCACUUAUAACUGGGGCCUGCUGGCCAGUCUCACAGAGACCAUGUCUGUAACCCACGGUCGCCCCUGAAACUGAGUUGGCUUCCGAAGAAUCUAGAUCUUAAAACAAUAAUAAUAACAAUAAUAAGGCCAAGUAUCAUUGCAAGUUAGGUUAUCUCCAUUUGAGUGACAGAAAAAAAAAAAAAAGGAAGAAAACAGGUUAAGAGCCACUGGAUCUUAUGCAUUCCAUUUGCAUAGUUUUUGACUUUGCUGAAACACAAGCCAGCCAGAGAGUGAAAGAGAGGCCUGUGUUGAGCUUGAUAUCUGACCUACAGUGGAAAUGUGGCAACUCAGACUGCUGUUUUACCAUAAAAGUCACCCAAUCAAUCCUAAACGCCACCAUUUUACCCCCUCUGAAGGCUUGCAUGAGGUCAUUCAUCAGCAAGGUAGCUAUCGGAAAAUGUUGUACAGGCAACUGUAACAUUGACUCUCUCCGAUGGGGUUCAUAGCAGCCAUCUGUUGAGCAUUCUCUUCACUAUCAGAGAUUGUGAAAUGCAUGUAAUGUUUCUGAACGUAAAAACAAAGAAAAACUUCGGGAUCGAGUUGUAACCAACAACUGGUCUAAUCGUUUGAGAAUAAAAAACCUCCAUGAGGUACACGCGCUCACAAAUGGCUCAAGAAUUUCAUCGUAAGACCAGUCGUACGCUGAUUCCAAGAUCCCGACCUCACCCGACCGAAAAAAAUAAAAAUAAUAAUAAUAAAUUCAUGCAGACAUUUGGCCAUUUUAGUUUGUUUUUAACUCCCCAGUGGAAUGUUCCUAACAUGUCUCAUAGCAGCUUAUAGGUCUGAUAGAACCAACCUUGAUUUUUCAAUAGAUUAAAUUACAUUCACUCUUCACAGUGAAACAGGUGCAUUGUAAGAGAAAUCUAACAUGUUGACCAAAAGCCACAGCACAGCUGUGGACUGCCGCCCAAGUUCAACCUCCCCUCCGUUAGUACGUUUAUCUAAUAGUAGCUGUCGUAAUACAAUAGUAGUAGUACAUUUCGGCUGAUUAGCCAUUGGCCCUGCCCUCUGCCAGCAUGCGGGCACUUCGAAAAAGAGAGUUGUAUCACCGUGAUCUUUGGCAGCUGGCGCAGUCACGCUGACAGAAGUGAAAUCCAGUGACUUUGCUGAACAGAUUUUUAUUUAUGGAAACUUUCGCGGUGAGAGGCCUGAGCUAUUGGAAUUCCUUUAUCCUCCACGCAUCUAACAUUAAACCCUGAGAAAGGCUGAUUUCUGUUCACUAUUGAGGAAGUGGUACGCUUUGUAUAUAACACACCCCCUUCUCUGAUGUAUGCACUUUUUGAACGUUUACACUACACACAUACACAUAGACAAAUGAAAACAGAAAAACACUGACGGUUUAAAUAUGCUAUGUCUUUGUAUCCCUUGUCAUAUGCUGCGCUAGACAUCGACUCGGUCAACCGUGGACGUACAAAUGACACAGGUUUGAAAUGAAAGCUAUUCAGGGUUUAGGCACGGUAUGAAUGCUUUAGCAGUGUGUAACGUUGUAAAGACUGACCAAUACUGUCGGUCUCCACCGACUCCAGUCGUUAUCCAUUGUUCAGCAAAAUCAAUAUACAACAAACAAGCUUCAAAUUAGGAACGCAAUUAUUUCGUUCAUUUCUGGUGCUGUACCAAGCAGAUAUAGGACUUUCAAAUAAAAUUCAAAUACAGAAUCCCACUACUGGCACACAUAUACGAGCAUUCCAACAUAGUCCAUUACAGCAUGUCAGGUACCUAUGCCAACGCACCUGAAAACAGCAUUUUUUUAAAAAAAUUUAAGUCUGUGGUUCAUUCGAAUUAUUUUAAUCCACAAAUAAUGCAAAAAACUCACUCAUUUUCACUAAUGUUGACAUAGGUACCAAAAUAGGUUAACCUGUCAAUGUUUAGUCAAGCUGGACCUCUGCUUCACUUAUUAAAAGUGUAGAAUUACAUUUAUCUACAUAGAAACCCAACGUCCAGGCCUUCAUGUGCCAAGAAUUGCUGUUGUCUCAUUGGUUAACUGCUCAAAACCAUUUUUGGACCACCGAUAACGACAAGAUCAUAAGAUAAUUGCAAGGUUGUCCCCCAAUGCACUUGCAUAUCGAUUUCACGCUGCAAUAGUUCGCUUUGGCUGUACGUUUGUCAUAAGCACAGAUCUUCCAGGAAGAUUGGGCGAUGGCUGCUUCCAUUUCGAACCUGGUUUGGCUUGGAUAACAGGUAGUCUAUACCACCAACAAAACAGGAAGUUCUUAGGUCUGACAGAGUUAAGUUCACGAGGAAUCUUAAUGGUUUUAAAAGUACUCUGGUCUUCAACAAUGCUUCAUUUUUCAAGCACACGAAUAUAAAGAUAUGCUUUCGAAAGAGGGGGAUUCUGCAAAGCAAAAAUACUGCCACUUUCAAAAAAAUACUUUAAUUUGACAUUCACUUAAUAAGACUAUGCAAGCAACCGCAACUUCCCUCAACUGUGUUUUUUAAAAAGCAUGAAUAUAUAGACAAUAUAUGUAAAAGCAAACAACACACCGAGAAUCGCAAUUCUUAGAGUAAUCUAGGGAAAUCAGACAGCGAUAAAUAAAAACAAGCAACUUCUAAAGCGCAUUCUUUUGGAAGAGCUCUCGUCUCCAGAAAUCUACAACAUCUUGCCCAUCGAGCGCGCCAACCCUCUGAACAAACAGCUUUAACAAAAGCUUUCGGCUGGAAAAGUACUGCAAGUGCAGGAAUCCUGAGAUAUGGAACAAGCAAUUUUCUGCCUCCCUCCAUUCUAAUGUUUUACAGAUGAAAUACUGUGACCUGGAUUCAGUCCAUUCAGAGUUUCUCGCUCUCAACUGUGAUCCAAUGAGGAUUACCCACUUCUGUUGGGAAUUAUGCACUGAAUGAUCCAUAUUAACACUGAACAGACUUAAUCCAAGCCUAAAGAGCAUUGAUUAUGAAAAAGGUUGGGAGUUUCAAGGCAACUGUGACUCAAGAAGAACAAUUAAAACUUGACGGAACAUCUGAUUGUUUUCACUCUCACCAAAAUAUCAUAACCAUCUCUUCAUCUUCCUUGUCAUAUAAUUUUUGCCUACCUGAGACAGACGGGAAGGACUUCUUAAAACAAAACACACACACACACACACACACACACACA